AAAAGGAAAAAAUACAAGUAGGUGGAAGUGAUGAUGAAAUAAAUAAACUCAAUUCCACAACCUUAUUCAUAAAUGCUCAACUUUAUCUCAAUUUUUCAUUUCAUUACCAAAUUUAAACACUUACUUAUACUAUAUAGUAUUUCAUUUCUCAUUCUCAUUUCAUAAUUCACAACUCAUAAGAAAGAUUCCUACAUAAACAACCAAAUAACAAACUACUUGUGCUUUUCUUUGUCAUCACAAUAUUAUGACUUCUCACCAAAAACAACAUGAUCAUCUUCAACUUUCUUCUUGCAAAAGAACACUUUCUCUUCCACUUCACAAGGAGAAUCUUUUAAUGGAAAAACCCUACAAAAAAUCAGAAGAAGAAUCAUGUUCAUCAUCUUCAAAGGAAUUUGUUGGAAUAAAGAUGCCAUUAACACCAAGUCCAACAGGAAGUAACAAAAGGGUGAAUUUUCUUGUGACAUCACGUUCAGUUGAUGCACCAAUUGAUAAUAAUAGCAAUUUAGGGUUUUCAACAACAACAAAGGGAAAAUCAUCAUCAAAUAGUAGAAGUAUAUUACCAAAAUUGAAUUUUAGGUAUAAUAGGACAACAUCAACAUCAUCAUCAACAGCAUCAGAUAUUGAAAAGGGUAUAAUUGCAAAUCCAGAAAGUUCUUUUGUAGGUCCUCAAGAGAAGCCUUUAAUUUCAGGAUCAGUGUCUUUGAGUAAGAUAUUUAAUCCUAAGAUUAAUAGGACUUCAUCAUUGCCAGUUGAAGAAAUUGGACGUGUUAAUACAGAAUUUGCUUUUGGUGGAUGUCUUGGUGCUUCUCCUUAUAGAAGCCAGACGACGAUAGCUCGAUCUCGUUCUGAGCCUGUAGAUACUCAAGAAAAAACCAUAAGGAAAAUGGAUACGUUUUUCCGCAUUAUUCCUUCCACCCCAGGUGUAAAGGAAGCAAAAGAAUGGUUAAAAGCAUCAUCAGAAAAGGAUACUGAAAAUGGCGGUGACGACAGUGACGGCGGUGAAGAUAUAGCUGAAGAGGAAGCUGUGUGUAGAAUUUGUCUGAUUGAGCUAUGUGAAGGAGGUGAGACAUUGAAGAUGGAAUGCUGUUGCAAAGGUGAACUUGCGUUGGCUCACCAAGAAUGUGCUAUUAAGUGGUUUAGUAUCAGAGGAAACAAAACCUGUGAUGUGUGCAAGGAAGAAGUUCAGAAUCUCCCUGUCACUCUUUUAAGGAUCCAAAAUGUUCAAACUCAGAAUACUGGUGCAAGAUCUCAGCAGGACGAUGACUUCAGGGUUUGGCAGGAGUUGCCUGUGCUUGUCAUUGUCAGCAUGCUUGCGUAUUUCUGUUUCCUUGAGCAGCUUUUGGUUGGAAAAAUGGGAACCAAAGCAAUUUUCAUUUCCCUUCCCUUUUCCUGUGUACUCGGUCUAGUCUCCGCCAUGACAUCAACAACCAUGGUUAGGAACAGGUUCAUCUGGCUUUAUGCAUCUGCUCAAUUUCUUUUGGUGGUUCUCUUUGCGCAUAUAUUUUACCCCUUGUUUCAUAACCUGCAGGUUGGUAAGCAAGCAGUUUUGGCAAUCCUUCUUGCAUCAUUUGCAGGGUUUGGUGUAAUGAUGAGCGGAAGUUCAGUUUUUACGGAGUUACUCAGAUGGAGAAGAAGAUGGCAGGCUUACUCACAGCAGCGUCAUGGCUCACAAGCGAUGACACAAGAAGGACUAUAUUCUCAAGGUGCAAUUACCCCACAAUCAAGUCUUCCCAACCAAAGCCAUACUACAGCACAAAUGCAAAAUCAACAAAACUCAAAUUCAUAGCUGAAUUGAAGUCUAUAUAUGGCUCCUUUCGUAUUGCUAAAGCGAAUGUAUAGGUGAUUAAACUCUAGCAGGAUUUUAGUACUGUGAAUGUACACCAUAGUACAUUGUGCAGCAUAUAUUGCAGCAAUUAGGGAACAACUUGGGACUAUAGCUUUCUAUGAAAAUAUUUUGUUAUUUUCUUUGUUUAAACCAUCUUAUUAUGCAUUCUACCUCGGUAUGCGCUAUGUCAUAUAAUCAAUGAGACUAUGCCAUAUAAUCAAUGAGACUAUUGUAUUUCUGUUAGUAUCAGAUAACUUUGUUGUCUAAUGCAACUAGAAUGAAAAUGUGAGUUUUUGUGUUA